AUGGGUUCGACGAUCAGCGACAGAAUGAUCAGGUCGCUCCUGGAGCGGAGUGUCGCUGGCGAGGCCAGUUCGGUCAAAUCCACCUUUUCGAGUUGGGAUAACUGUAUGGCCAAGACUUAUUGCAAAUGGCCUGUCAUUGCCGGUAUCAUUGUCGGCUCCAUUAUUGUACUGGGUAUCGUAGGCUGCUUGGUUAGCUGCCUCUGCUGCGGUUACCAAUGCUGCAAAGGCUGUUGCGGCUGCUGCUACAGUUGUUGCGGCUGCGGUGGCUCUCGACACGAUCGAGGUCCCCAAUACGCGGAUCCCCCGCAACGCCAACCUUACUACCAACAACCUCCACCUCCAGAGCCUAUGAACUUUGGGUACAGACAACCGAUCGCCGCAGCAUCAUCGCUAUCCGCUGGACCACCGCCCGCAUAUCGUGGUCCCACUACUGCUUCGUUCGAGCAGCCGAGCAAGGCGGCGCAUGUGCAUGUAAACGAAGAUGAGCUCCCGCCAAUGCCGACUUGGGCUGAGGCUCAGACCCGACGGGUAGAGGAUCAUCAUGUCGAACAUGAAGAGGUGGAGAUGGAUAACCUGCAGGGAAUUAGGGAUCAUGCUAAGAGUCCUCCACAUCAAAAUCAACGAGCUUCGCCUGCACCGGUAGCGGGAGGCUUGUCGCGCGGUAUGUCUCGAGGCGGAUAUGAUCAAGUUCCAGGUACAUACCCUAGUCCUCACCCGAGUCCUCAGCCAAUGUACGAUGAAGGAUACUCUCCCAACGGACAUGCCCCUAACGGACAUGGAGGAGGCUAUGGUGGACACCCCGGCGAUGCCGUGGGAGGUAGCCUCGGUGGACAUGAUGCAUAUUUGAAUCACAGCGACCAAGGACAUUAUGGAGGGAGCCAAGCGGAUACGCAUUACUUCAACCAGAGUCCUCAUUCUCCCGGACCCCAGUCGCCUGGAUACGACCAACCAGCGGUCGCAGGAUAUGGUCCUCGAGCCUCACCAGCACCAUAUCGAGGAUUCGAAAAUCAACCUCCUCCCAGGGUGCAAGUGCCUAACUUCAGCGGACCGCGCGGAUACAAUCAGACUUCAUCGCCUAGAUCGCCACCCCCCAUGGCAGGCGGAUUCUCACCAUAUGACCAGCAACAGCACCAAUCACCAGGCUAUCCCCAAACACGCAGCCCACCACCUGCCUCAAACGGAUACUCUCCAUACGAUCAUCAACAAUCCGACUACUACCAUCCAACAACUCAAAGCCCACCGCCACAACAACACGGCCAUCAAGCUCCUCAAGGCCAGUAUAGAGCAUUCUCACCACGAAUUGCGUCACCGCCUCCCCUCAAUCAGCAUCAUGAGGCCAAUUUAUUCCUAGAAAAUCCGGAUCAUCAAUCGCCGAGUGGUGAGGAUCGACCUCCUAGCUUGUUGAUGGCUGGUCGACGACCGGCGCCGAAUACUUACCGAGCUGUAUAA